AUGCCAGAAUACAGCGUCCCGGACUUGGUCACCACAUUACACCAUGACACAUAUCCUGCUAUCGAUCCUACCACAGCUGACCUCUCAGGCAAGGUCGUCCUUGUCACGGGCGCCUCGAAAGGGAUUGGCAAAGCGAUUGCAAUUGCAUUCGCUCAGGCGGGGGUCUCUGGUCUCGUGCUUCUCGCUCGCAGUAGCACAAAGGCUGUUGAGGCUGAGUGUCUGGCGGCGCAGCACCCGGGGGAAAUUCUCAAGCUGCUGUCGCUCUCUGUCGACGUUACAGACACAGCGCAGGUGAUCGAUGCGACAAAGCACGUCAAGGAAACAUUUGGGCGAUUUAACGUCGAGGUCAACAACGCCGGCUACUUAACACCGCCCAAGCCGAUGGCGGAGAGCGACCCGUACGACUUGUGGAAAUGUGGCGGCGACAAGCUCAUCGUUAAUGUAGCGAGCGAUUUGGCUCAUGUCAUGUGGAGGGGCUUCUCGGCCUAUCAGACGACCAAGUUCGCCCAACUCCGGCUCACAGAAGCGAUCAUGGCGAAUUACGGUGCAGAGGGUGUUUUGGCCUUUGUUUUGCACCCUUGUGCGAUGCUGACCGACUUGAACUCCAUCCUCCCUGCCGAUGUUCAGGAAUUCCUGACCGACACCCCCGAACUAGCCGCCCACUUCAUUGUGUGGCUCGUACGCAAGCGAAGAGAUUGGUUGGGUGGUCGCUAUGUCAGCGCCCUCUGGGAUGUCGAUAAACUGGAAGGAAAAAGGCAGGAGAUCAUCGAGGGAAACAAGCUUAAGACGAAGCUGGUUCUGUAA